AAUAAGAAAAAGAAAAUGUUUACGGAUAUUUUUUGCUUUUAGAUAGCUUCUAUUCUGUAUUUUCAUUAUGAGUGGAUAUAAGACAAAGUUGAUUGUUGCUGCGAUUGAUUUCGGAACAACAUAUUCUGGUUACGCGCAUUCUCUUAAAGUUGAAUAUCAAAAGGAUCCGCUAAAGAUUUAUACUAAUCAGGACUGGACAGAUGGCUCCGGACUUAUCACACUUAAGGCUCCUACCGUAGUACUGUUUGAUCCGAAGGGGAAUUUUAACUCAUUCGGAUAUGAAGCAGAAACAAAGUAUGCAAAGCUGUCUGAAGACGGAAAUCAUCACGGCUGGAAGUAUUUCAGACGUUUCAAAAUGAUAUUGCACGAAAGAGUGGUGAGGUUUAUAGCUUUAGUGCAAAUAAUUAUGUGUAAAAUUGUUCAUAAAAAACAUUUCUAA